AGAAGAAGAAGAAGAAGAAGAAGCAGCAGCUGUUUAUCUUCAGUCAGCACCAUUCAGUGGUCAAUACAGGGUUUGGGUGGUUUUCAGUUUGAAACGUCAUUGAGUCAGUGUCCCUUCUGCGUAAUAGCCUAGAAACGCUAAAGAUUCGGUGUUGCACGUCUGGACCAAAGGCUCUGAUUGUUUUCGUCGCUGUUCUGGUGCUUUACGUUGCAGAAGAAUAUGGUUUUCUCAUCGUCCCAACAAGUGGUGGUCGCAUUUACGGCGGUGUUAUUUGCGUUUGUGGUGUUCCCUAGAAUGUUCGGCGUAGGGUCCGGGGCGAAGGAAACAAGAUUUGAUGCACGCUACAACAGAAAAGGUUGCAUGAAUUAAAAAUAGUAUUGGAAAUGGCAAUGUGACGCCACCGUCAUAUUGUGUAGGCCUAGCCUAUGCAAUGUUUUGCUCUUGCCAUGAUAUAUUUGUUUAGUAGCCUAACGUUUUACUAUGUUCAAAAUUGUCAAACUUAUUCAAAACAAGAUAUCUGUCUAUUUGUAAAAGUGUGCAGCAUGGUAGCCUCUAAAGCCUUUAGCAAUAAGACAACUGUCAUGAAUAGGCCUGUUUAUUAUCGUCGUCAUCAUCAUCUUCUUCCUCUCUCAUGUGUUAUUUCCCAGCAGGUCCGGGACCUGGACCAGGUGCAGUGAGAGGGCAGCCGGUCAACAAGAACACGGCCGGCUCCAUGAACAAAGCUCAGACCCUGGAGAACAUGCAACAGAUGAAGAUGAUGAUGGAGCAGGAGAUGAAGGGUGACAAAUACAAAACCAACAGCAACAAGGGCUACGUUUUCACGCUGAUGCCGCUCUAUGCCAUCGGAGUCGGCCUCUUUGCAGCAUACAAAUUUCUGAAGGUAUCGGCUGGAGCAGGAAUUCCACCAUUGAAAAAUGUAGCAAUGAUGAUUGUGAUGAGGUUGCUUGGGGAUAUCUCUAAACAUGCAAGCAUGCAUGCACACGCCUACACACACACAAACACACACACAGACAAACACACACAGACACACACACACAGACAGAGAGCAGGAUUGGAGUAAAGUUGAUUGCUAAUCAGAGCAAACGUGAUUGUGUGAACUAUGGUAAUACUGCCAGUCUGAGCCUGAGUCGACUAAAUACACAUACUGCUCAGACUUUAAAAUUGAUGUCUCCCUUCUAUCUCCAAGAUCAAGUCUGCAGAUGACUCCCAAGCCCAAAAGAAGAAGGAUGCAAAAGGUCCCAAUAAGUCGGAGGAGACAGGUGUGUGCUGUAUCUGUGGUGUGCCACAAGGGUCUGUUUGCAUACCUUUGUUUAUCUUACCCGUCAUGCAGAUGCUUUUUUACAUGGUUUUACAUGCUGGUGGCUUUGUGUCUUUCCAUAGAGAAUCAGCUUACAGAGCUGGAGCAGCGGCUAGCGCAAACAGAGAAGAUGCUCAACUCCAUUCUCACCCAACUGGACCCAUUGACAAGUUGGUAAGUAAGCCAACUCACCCAUUAAACUACAGAGCUCCGGUUUGUCUUCUGUUUCUGCGUAAAUAUUGCUCUGUAAAUAUCACCCCAUGUAAUUAAGUACAUGUCUGUCGUGAUUAAGACCAGUUUAUCCAAACCAGGUAGUUAUAACAGUUGUAAAGUCACAUCUCAUGGUCUUGAUAAACUGUUGACCCUGCUGAGUCUAAUAGCGUUUAUCGUAAUGGGACUCUGGGGUGUGUUGACCAGGCACCAAAUUGGAGAUAAUGUUUUGAAAAGAAAUGUUGAUAGAUUGUCAAGUCUAGGUAUUUUCGCCUCCGUACUUUCUCUCGUCUGGUACCUGCGUACUAAACCUGACCUUAGUGAACUGAACUUUUAAAGACCGUGGGUAACUAAAUCUAGUUCAAAGCAAUUAAUGUAUCAACUGGGUGUGGGGUGAAGUGGCCCCUAGGGCCUAGAUGCAGAUUUUGAGUCUCAGUUUCGCAUUUCCCUGACUAAUGGUUAAGGUUAGGAUUGGGGAAGCUGAUCCUAGAUCUGUACCUAGAGAAACUUAAUCCCGGAGCUAUGAACUGAACCUACGAAGGGCAACCGGUCAGGGACUGCGUUUCCCAGAUUUCUGUCCUCAGUGAUCUCACUCUCUUCUGUCCAUUUCGCUCCUCUCCAGUGUCAAGUCUGUGGCCCAGGAACAGAAGAACGAGAUCAUGUCCCAGCUCCAGUCCAUCCGCCACCUGAUGAAGAAGAGAGGCAUGGACUGUCCACCCCUCAACAUUGAAGGUAUGUGACCCCACCCCCUGCUGGGGCAUGUUCAUUAGGCACCAAAUGGAAGAAAACAAACGAACAGGGAGUACCUGGGGCCUCAUUUAUCAAAGGUGCAUACGCACAAAAAAGACAACCUUGCAUUCUGCAUGUUUUCUCGCUAGGGUUGAUAUUGAUCAUAUUUGAACUUUACGGGAUAGUGUACAUAGCUCCACACACACCUCAGACUGUGCUUAGGCACAACUUCUAGUGGUUGAAGAAUUCUAUUGCAAGCAAAUAUUGUUCUUUUGGGGAAGCUGUGUUGCUUGGUGACACAGGAAUUACUGUAAUUAAUAGCAAUGCUAAUAAACACAUUAAAGCAUAAUGAUGAAACAGAUGCACAUUUUCCGUUGGUAAGGAGAUCGGUGGCCUUGUAUAUUUUAUUUUUCUUUCAUUAUGUAAAUCAUAGUCAUAUUGCAGGACAUCUCUCCUUUUCUGAUAUGAAUUGUUUAUUCCUGCUACUAUACGACAAAUAAUUACCAUUCAAUAGGCCAAGCUACCUGAAAGGAAAUAGUCUAGGCUACCGGUCUAUUUAAAGUAUUUGACAGUAGGCUAUGUGGUAGAGUAUUGCUGUGCAGGAGUGUGACAUCAUAACCUAUCUAACCUCAGAGCCUAUACCAAGGCAGGAGAUAGAAACGCGAUCAUCUAUUGAUAAACAAAAUAUUGAACAACAGUUUGUCUUUUGCGUUGAAGCAGUGUGGGCUAUAGCACUUAGUUGAAUGUUUCUCUAAUGGACAGUCAAUCUGGCGCAAUUCACGGCCAGAGUUUGGCUCUCGCAUGUUUAGUUUGAAAAAGUAACUGCAAAAGAUGAAAACAUUCUGCCAACACCUCCACAGAAAUGUGAUCAAAUUGACCAUUGUCCUUUCUUUGAGAAACCGCAGCUGCCUAGUUCCAAUUCAUACCGCAAAUGAGGGCCUUUUUGUCACCAUAAAAGGUGAAUACACAGUGUUUUCCAGGCGGGGUUGUAAUGUUUGUUCACGUUUGCGCAUCUAUGGUUCUGAUUAAUCAAUGAAAACAAUGAGCGCCAGUCUGAUCAAUUCCAUUAAUUUGUGGCGUACGCAAAUCCUAGGAUUUCCACGUGCACAGAGUUUAGUUAGAAAUUCAGCACGGUUGAUAAAUGAGUCCCCUGGACAAAAAUAAAGAAAUUGUUGUUUUCCGUUGCAAAAAAACAAUUUUUUCUUUCGCGUUCCCUAUUUUAUAUUAUCCAGUUUUUUUGGUAUGGUAGGGUAUCCAAAAUGGGUCAGCUUUGAGCACCGCUAUCUCCUAAAUGGUUUGGCAUUCAGGUCCAAAAAGUCACUUUCUGACCAUUAAUACAGUGAACAAACAUGUAUGGAAAUUUCUUUUGUAAUUUUUUAAAAAUUAUUAACUUUAUUUGUCCUGUGGGAAAUGAGUUGGGCAGGAAGAGUCACACACGCCAUCAAACAUGAUCCACAUGAGCAAUAUUGACAUCAAAACAUGACAUGUAAGCCGUAUCUUUACCUGACUCAAACACACCCAUCCUGAAAUGGGCGCCUGUUUGCGGUGACUGUAGCGCACGGUCGCAAUUUUUGCUCUUUUCCAUCUUUCAGAGCCGCAGUGCGAGAGGAACCUGGAUGACCUCAUCGCGUCUCUGGCAGCCCACGACGACACCCAGCCAGAGGGGGUCGCUGCUGCGGCAGACGAACAAAGUGGUGUCGGGAAAGAGGCACCAGAGCCAGUCCACCACCAGCAUCACCACCCCGAAGCCAAGGACGAGUACUCAGCGACAGACGCUGGAGGGGAGGAGGAGCAGCUGGAGGAGGAGGAGGAUAAAGAUGACAGUGAGGUCAUGCCCUCGUUGGAGGAUUCUUGUGAAACAAACAUUGAGGACAUAGGGGUAGCACAGAGCAUUCCAGAAGAAAUGCCUACAACUGCGCUCAGACGACGCAACAGGCUGGAAUGAACAGGGAAAAAAGGGUGUAUUUUCUCAUUCUUAAUGGCACUACUGCGGUCUUUUCAAUAAUGCUCUUGCUUUGGGGUCGCAGUUGAAUAAGAAAGGGCAGCUAUCAAUGUGAAAUGAUUUUGUCCAAGGUUCUUCCUGACAAAGAAAAUCCCCAAAAGCCUAUCUCCAUAUAGCUUUUGACUUGGGUCUGGAGGUUUUCUUUGUCAGGCCCCAAGUAUGAGGCCUGUUUUCCAUCCUUGAACCAAACGUUAGUUAGUACGUAAGGCACCUGUAAAUGUGUUUUCAUCACGUGACUGCUGCUUGGAAACCCUGUACAUCUCAUUAUAUGCUGCCAUCUUUUAGAAAGGGUCGUUACGGCCCUAAAUAUCAAGACUCCAAAGUGUGUGUUGUUGUUAUGCAAUCCGUACGACAUAGAAUAGUCAAAAUAAUUAAAAAUAUGUCAAACAUAGUCAGCUAUAAAUAGCUACAUUUAGAUUUUUCUACUAAAUACACAGGUGCAAGUUUGUGACGUUUGGCUUGUCGUAUCAUUUGUCUGUUUUCAGACAUCUUAUGCAUGUGUUUUUCUCUGCAACUGAUCUUGAAUGUCCUGGUGAAUACAACUGCAUGAGUUAUCUUACUAGAGGGAGAUGCAGGACAAUCAUGAAUUUAUUGAUGACUUAGUCUAAAUCAGGGCUCUAACCCUGUUCCUGGAGAUCUACUGUCUAGUAGGUGUUCUCUCCAACCCUAAUCUAGCACACCU